CCCCCACACACACACACAGACCUAGUUUACAAGAACUAUUCAUCGAAAUAAGGACUUGACGGACACAUGAAAAGAAGUACACAUGGAUACCAGUGAGGAGGAGUCGGUCCCGCUGGUGAUCAGAGACCGGGGAGGCAGCCAGAGGUCCAGUUCGAGCACUGGUUCCAGUUUACAAGUACACCUCUACUUCUUCCCAGCCACAAAGGAUGCAACAACAAUACAUAUUUCAUCUGGCCAAAUAUCUGCUGAAAAUGUCUGCAUCCAAGCCGGCAAAAAAUGUGGAAUCUUACCAGUGUACCAAAAUCUUUUUGGUUUGGCAUCUGCCGAUCUCUCGUUGUGGUAUCCUCCGUCACACAUGUUCAACACAGACGAAAACUUACAAGUCCACUUUAGAGUCAGGUUUUUCUUUGGAAACUGGUUUGGACAGGGACCAAGAACAUCAUACCGCUACAGUCUGACCAGAGGCAGAAUAAGUCCAGUGCUUGACUACAGUGUCAUUGACUACGUCUUUGCCCAGUUGCGAAGCGACUUUAUCGCCAGUGAGGCAGGAGUGUGUCCACCUUUGAGUGCCCAGGAGGAAUGCCUCGGCCUUGCAGUGCUGGACUUGUGGAGGAUGGCUAAAGAGCGCAAUCAGAGUGUAAGAGAGCUCUGCAAGACUGUCAGCUACAAAUCGUGCCUUCCUAAGUCACAUCGCCACGACAUCCAGAGACGAAACCGCCUCGAUCGUUAUCGAAUACGAAACACCCUCAAGCGUUUCUUAAAGAAGCUUGGCAACUGCUCAGUGGAUGAGUGCAGCUUGAAGCUCAAGUACCUGAUUGAACUGGCAGGUAUCGAGCCUUCUCUGGGAAGUGAAACCUUCCAAGUGAAUCCAUCUUCCUCCCAAUCGAAGUCAGCUUUCUCUCUUGUGCGGGUCACCGGGGAAAAUGGAAUUGAAACCAGCAGGAGUUGUCAACAUGAUGGUGCCCUGUGGCAAACCUUCUGUGACUUCAAAGAAAUCAUCGACAUCAGUAUAAAGAGGGUAUGCCAUGAGCAGGUCCCCCAAGACUGCAGGAUGGUGACAAUAACCCGUAAAGAUGACAGAUGCUUGGUAGCCAACUUCCAGACUCUCAAGGAAGCCGUUUCAUUUGUGUCUCUUGUUGAUGGCUACUUCAGACUGACCACCGACUCGAGCCACUACUUCUGUCAAGACAUUGCUCCUCCAAGUCUUCUGGAGGGGAUCAAAAAUCACUGUCACGGCCCAAUCACAUCAGAGUUUGCAGUCAGUAAGCUGAAAAAGUCAGGAUUUAAAGGCGGCACGUUCCUUCUCCGGCAGAGUCCCAAGAAUUACAACAGCUUCUUCCUCACUGUUUGUGUUCAGACUCCACUUGGACUUGACUAUAAGGACUGUCUCAUCAUUGAGAAUGAGGACUACAGUCUUCCUGGUGUCCAGAAAUCAUUUUCCAGCUUAAAAAAGCUCACCAGCUAUUACCAACACAACAAGCUGCUACUGGCUGAAGUACCUGUCAAGUUGGGCCGCUGCUGUCCACCCCAACCCAAAGAGCUCACAAAUCUGAUCAUUAUACGCAACGGCAGCUCUGUAGAAGCUCAAGGGUCCCCAACACCCGAAAGGAGCAAAUUCAGCCAUAUCCAGUUUCACAUGAUCAAAUAUGAAGACCUGAAAUGGGGUGAAAGCCUUGGACAGGGAUCCUUCACUCGGAUCUUUAAAGGCUACAAAACAGACAUUCGUGAUGGGGAGAAACACGUGACGGAUGUUUUCCUGAAAGAGCUUGAUGCUGUUCACAAAAACUGCUGGGAGUCCUUCUUUGAAGCUGCCAGCUUGAUGAGUCAAAUUUCACAUAAACACCUCCUCCUUGUUUAUGGUGUCAGUGUUCAUGGAGUAAAAAACAUCAUGGUGCAGGAGUUUGUUGAGUACGGGGCCCUCGACCUUUACUUGAAGAGAGGCAGAUCUGUGUCAGUGAGCUGGAAACUUGAUGUAGCCAGACAGCUCGCGUCUGCCCUCAACUUUCUGGAAGAAAAGAACAUCGUUCAUGGAAAUAUCUGCGCCAAAAAUCUGCUGCUGGCCAGAGAGGGUGACCCAUCACAGGGCAGCUCUCCCUUCAUCAAGCUGAGUGACCCAGGCAUCAGCGUGGCCAUACUGGGCAUGGAUGUGAUCCUGGACAGGAUCCCCUGGGUGGCCCCUGAGGUGCUGGAGGCCCCAGACAACCUGACUCUGGAGUGUGAUAAGUGGAGCUUUGGUGCCACCGUGUGGGAAAUCUUCAAUGGUGGAAACGCUCCGCUGCGAGGCUGGGAAUUGGAUGAGAAGCAGCAGUUUUAUAAGAGCUUCCAGCAGCUGCCUCCCUCCCAGUGGACAGAGCUGGCUGAUCUGAUCAGUCAGUGUAUGGACUACCAGGCAGACUUCAGACCUUCCUGUCGCAGUAUCAUCCGUCAACUCAACAGUCUGAUCACUUCAGACUAUGUGAUACUUCACGCCACUGAGCCUGUCACACAGAGCCCUGUGUGGAAAGUCCUCAGCCCUGCUCAGCAUGACCAGACAUUGUUUGAGGAGAGACACCUACGCUACAUCUCGCCCCUGGGGAAAGGAAACUUUGGCAGUGUUGAACUUUGCCGUUAUGACCCCCUGGGUGAUAACACUGGUGAGCAGGUUGCUGUGAAGAAGCUGCAGCCCAACAAGCAGUCGACGCUGGAGGACUUCAAGAAGGAGGUCAACACCCUCAGUGUUCUUCACUGUGACUACAUCGUUAAAUACAGAGGAGUCUGCUACAGCCCAGGUCGUCUCACUAUGAGUUUGGUGAUGGAGUACCUGCCCCACGGCAGCCUUAUAGGCUACUUGGACAGUCACCGACAUAAUGUCAACACCAGGCGGUUGCUGCUCUUUGCCUCUCAGAUCUGUAAAGGGAUGGAGUACCUGCAGACCCUGCGUUACGUGCACCGAGACCUCGCAGCCAGAAAUAUCCUUGUGGCCAGUGAGUCGCUGGUGAAAAUUGCCGACUUUGGGCUGACCAAGAUCAUUCCUACUGACAAGGAGUACUACAGAGUCACACAGCCUGGAGAGAGCCCCAUUUUCUGGUAUGCCCCAGAGUCCAUCAAUGAGUUCAAAUUCUCCCACAAGUCAGAUGUCUGGAGUUUUGGAGUUGUUCUUCAUGAGCUCCUCUCCUACUGUGACACAAACGCCAACCCAAAAAGGCUAUGCAUGCAGGAAGUCGGACACCAUGUGCAGAGUCCGUCCAUUGCAAUGCAUCUGGCAAAUAUUCUAAAGAAUAACUGGAGGUUGCCAGCACCUCCAAACUGCCCACACAAGGUGUACAGUUUGAUGAUGCAGUGCUGGGCGUACAACUUCGAGGAGCGGCCAUACUUCACCGACCUGGGAAACCAAAUUGAAACUAUAAUGCAGGACGAGAGAGAGUACCCUAAAGGCUGAUUGUAAUGUAUAAAGAUGCAUUCACAAGUGAGCAGAGGGAGGACCAUAAGCUCAGUUGCAUGGACUAUAAACACAAGAUCAGCUGGAUGUAUCUUUAGUUCUUCAGUACACGUGGGACAUACAAUAUAAGCACUUAUAUUUCACAGCGAUACAGCUCUAAUAAUAAAAACUCCGCCAUAUCACACUUAAAAGCCUUUACACACCAGGGGCAUUUCUUUCUAACUUAUUUUUAUCAUGAAAACUUUCACAUCAGGAAACAUCAGGACAAUGACAAUGCAAUCGCUGCCUGUAUGAAUAAUUUUGAUGCAAAAUAUUUGUGUUGUUAAUUUCAUCAUGUUUUCUUACAGUCAAAUCAAUAUUAUAUUCAUAAAACUGUACUAUGUUCAUACACAAGGCUCACAGAUUUUCAGAAUCAAGAAUUACUAGUCCAUACCCAUUGGUAGCUUUGUCACCUUCUACCUAUGCCAAUCCUCAAUGCCUAUGUGCAGUUUCACAGAAGUAGAAAAACGUGGGACAGACAGAAUGACUGACUGACAGAAUGACACACUGACAGUUUCCGUGAUUAUGUACAGCAUACCAUACCAUGACUUAGUCAUACCAAAAAUUAGAAAAAAAAAAAAACAACAUUCGGCCACAGGGGGAGCCACAGCGAUCGGUCGCAUUUUAGCCAUUUUUCUGUUGUUAUAGCGCCACCCAGUUGCCAAUUAGAGUUAAAUUUCUCCAGUCACCUUGAGGCGUCCUGUUCUACAUAUCUGCCAAGUUUAGUAAAAAUCAGUUAGGCCUGGAUAAGAAAUUAGCUCUCCAGUGCCCCCAUUUUGUUUGAUGGGGUCAAUAAUGGAGGGGUCCCCUCAGAUUAUGUGUGGUCAUAUGCCUACAAAGUUGCGUGGUGAUCGGUGAAACCCUUGAGAUGUUAUACACCUUUAGCCCUCCGCAAUAUUCAUUGCCUUAUAGAAGCUCAGUUUUAGAAAGUUUUCCAACUUUUGCCAAGAGGGAACUUUAGAUAUUGCUCCCUAGAUUAUGUUCACCGAGUUUCAUGCAGAUCGGUCAAACUUCCUAGGAAGAGAUCGAUUUGAAGUUUUUUUCAAAAAAUUCAAAAUGGCGGAAAAUCUAUAUAACCGGAAGUUAUGGGUUCUUGAGGCAAAUUUGUUCCUCAUGAGGAGAGGCAUCUCUGUGCAAAGUUCCAUGUCUCUACGACAUAUGGGGCAUGAGAUAUGCCCAUUCAAAGUUUGCAAUUUCAAUCCUUGCUAUAGCGCCCCCCUUUGGCCAAUUGAUAUAAUAUUGCUUUAUUGGCAUCCUCCCAUGACCCUCUACCACUGUGCCAAAUUUCACAUGGAUUGACCAAGUCAGUGAGGAGAAAAACGGGGAACAGAGACACAGACAGACACACCCACAGACAGAGUUUUCGUCACUAUAUAGUAAGAUGGUAAGAUGACAUUGUUAUUUUCACCAGCAAAUAUAAGAUAUUUAAGCACAACACGUUCCUUAAAUGGAAUCAAGCAGCAACAAUUUACUUACUGACGUGCAUCCUAUAGUUAUUGUGAAAUUGGUGUGGCCAAGUUUCGACCACAUCAGGUAUGACAGGAAGAAGCUGAAAGUAGCAAAGGUGAGGAGCUCGGCCGACAGGCAAAUAAAACCAGCUCUGUUUUAAAGCUAGCUAGUUAAAUAUUUUCUCUGUGUGUUGAAAUUACUGACUUGAUAUCUUGUGCUUUGUAAUCAUAUUGUGUAUAUGUAUGUAAAACAGCAUGGCCUGAACAGGUCUGUAGCAUUGGUUUAGGACAUUAGUUGGUCAUUUGUUCAAGGUAUGCAUGGUUUGAUACAUUCAGUGUCAUGCUUGCGUUUGGCCUUGUCCUCAAGCUUGUUUUCUGUCUCUGUCAAGAAUGGACCCAUGACCUACUUUUGGACCACGAACCACCAGUUUGGAACCACUUUUUUUUUUUUUGAUUUCUUUUAUGAAAAUGUAUGGAGAAAAAGAUUUUUUUGCAUUUAUAUUGUGGUACUGUAGUCUUGUAGUAAAGAUAAUGAAGAUUGUAUUCUGUGCUUUAUUUACAUCCUUUACUGUGUUUCAAAUAAAACAAUUCUGUAGCACCGUCUUUGUAAAUACUUACUGACAGCAUUGAGUUCUGUGUAAUGCCUGAAGCACUGACGCAUCUAAAAUAAAUGGCUGAAGAAAAUGA